AUGGCGGCGCCUGCAGAACAGCGGAUUGCUGUCCCUAUCGACGAUCCCAAUGCCGACACAGAAUGGAAUGAGAUUCUACGGAAACAUGGCGUCAUCCCCGAGAAGCCUCCCAGCCCGACUCCCAUGAUUGAGGAGGCUAUUCUCGAGGGUAGAAGGCUAGCGCACGAGAAUCGCCUGGAGGGCAAGGACCUGGACGAACUCGACGAACUCGAAGAUGACGAGGACGAGGCCUUUCUCGAACAAUAUCGGCAAAAGCGGAUGGCUGAGAUGAACAACAUCUUAAAGAAGGCCCUUCAUGGAACCGUGUACCCGCUCUCGAAGCCCGAAUACCAGCGAGAGGUCACCGAUGCCUCAAAGAACGGUCCCGUGUUUGUAAACCUCACAUCAUCUAUGGGAAACAACGUCGAGUCAAGAGUUUUGACUGAGCUUUGGAGACAAGCUGCCCAGGAGUACGGCGAGAUCAAGUUCUGCGAAAUUAGGGCAAGCCAAGCGAUCGAAAACUACCCUGAUCGCAACUGCCCGACCAUAUUGGUGUACAAGAACGGUGACAUCAUCAAGCAAGUCGUGACGCUCGCGACUAUUGGCGGCGUUCGCACCAAAAUGCAGAGGAUUGACGAUAUGCUUGUGGAGGUUGGUGCAGUGCCCGAUUCGGAUAUGCGUGUCGUGAGGCGGAGGCGAGCCGCAGAGGAUGCCGAGGAGGAACGCCUGGCUGGAAGUACCAUCAAGACUGGGACUGCCGGGAGGUCGCGCAAGGUGGACGACAGCGACGAUGAUGAUUGGGAUUAA